AUGGCUUAUGCUUCACUUUCAAUGGCGAUUGGAGCUAUUUUUAUAUGGACUUAUGUGUACAACAUAAUGAGGAUUUCGUCGAGUAAAGUUCAGAAAGAAGGUAACAAAAGUAGUGACUCUAUCACAUUGGCGAAUUCAGAGGAUGUACCAGAAUCUCUCCUAGAGGGAUGCUCAGAAAAUAUAUAUUCAGCAAAAGGCAAUGUGGAUGAUGAAUACAGACUAUUGCUUUCCAAGAAUGAAUCCGAGCAUAAAAUGAAGGUGCAUAUCUUAGAUAAAAUGAAGCAUAAAUUUGGAAUGAUUUUAGGCAACCCAAAUUUCCGAGGCAUAUUUUCACCAGCAACUCUUGGCGCGAUUGUUGGAUUUACUAUUGGUGUAGUUCCUCAGUUCCAUAGUUUAAUGAUUGGAACCAAUGCUCCACUUCAUGUGAUUGAAGACUCUGCUUCCAUGUUAGGUGAUGCUGCAAUUCCAACAACAACCCUUAUAAUGGGUGCUAACCUUCUUAAAGGAUUGAAGGGAGCAAGUACUCCAUUUUGGACAAUUAUAGGAAUUAUAGUAGUGAGAUAUAUUAUGCUACCAAUUUUUGGUGUUGUAAUUGUUAAAGUGGCAACACAUUUGGGUUUGGUGCAAGUAGAUCCUUUAUAUCAGUUCAUUCUUCUCCUUCAAUAUGCACUUCCACCAGCUAUGAAUAUAGGUACUAUAGCUCAAUUAUUUGGAGCUGGUGAAAGUGAAUGUUCUGUGAUAAUGUUGUGGACAUAUGCAUUGGCAUCAAUUGCGGUUACUCUAUGGUCAACUUACUUCAUGUGGCUUGUGUCUUGA